AAAAAAUCACGUGAUUGGCGGGAAGUAUGGGCGCCAUCUUGAAAUGAGACUCUCGGUGUCGUCUGUAAAAGAAAGUGAAAGUUUGCUCCAAAAAUGGUCCGUAUAUAUGUCCGAAAUAAGGGGCGAUACGAUCCCAAGACAUCAGAGAGUCCUCUUCCUUUUUUAGAUGUGGACAAUCCAGGAGAUGUUCUCAUUAAACACGUCAGAGAGACAGUGAAAAGACGGAUCAACUGCAAGCUAGAUGAGCUGUACUACAAUAACCAGUUACUGGAUGAAGACAGGUCUGUCGCAUACUCCAAUCUUCAAGAUGGCACCAUCCUGGAGAGCUGUAGUAACCCAUUCUGGGCGGCGUGCAUGUACAUCAGACUCCGCGCUGUGGAGCAGGAGGCCGCCAACAACCCAACGGACCAGAAGAAACAGCGCUGGACUCACCAGUCUAUCGUGAACAGGGCCGCGGCACUCGGGGUGCUCUUCAAUAGCAACAGUUUUGAGAGACACCAGCCACCGCACCUGCCUACAUUACAGGACCUGUGGACAUGUCUGCAGACCAAUGGUCGGAAGCCUGUUCACAUGAGCGAGUUCACACGGACAGCGUUACAAGAGCUCCAGGAGGAGUUUCAGAACAUUGACCUCCACAGGAGAGACCCCCUGGCAUCGUUUGUGCACCGUCAUGCAGUCAAGCUGGGCUUUAGGGAUCCAAAUGCCCCAGGGCCAGGUGAUGGGCCCGUUAACGAUGGUCCAGGCAGUGCUGGUCCCGCUGAACAGGGUGGGAAUGCAGUAGGAGCCAGAGGAAACAACAACAAAAGAAAUGGUGGGAGAAGGAGACAGACCAGGCCCAGACCAUGUGACGACUGUGAAGCAGAGAAUGCCACAAAGUACUGUGCCCAGUGUGAAGGAGGGCUGGUACUGUGUCAGCCGUGUUGUGACAGGUUACAUCAGGGAAGAGCCAGAAGACAUCACAAUAUCCAAGAUGUGGAAGAAGCUCCGAAGGCUGCAAAGUCUUACACCCCCAAGGCGUACAAAGCACCAUUUGCAAUGCUGGUGGCUCUUUUCAAAGGCCUGAGCCAGGUACCCCAGAUCAUGAGUAUGACGGCUGAUGAGAUCAAGUCUCGAGCCCAGGUCUUCACCGAUACUGACUUGUCAGACAGGGCAGCAGGAAAGUUUUUUGGUGGGUUUGACAACAUGCAGAACACUUUACAGAUCAAUGGGUUUGUACAGAGAGAGGCUGGAGAAAAUGCCAGAUUUUCCCUGCUGCAGCCUGGAAGGGCCCUAGCUCAGAAGUGCACGGAGUUUCACCAGGCAGUGGAAGAGCUUCUGGACAUGAACAGAGUUCCAAAAGUACCUCAACUAGGAGGAAGCCAGUGUGGUACUAGACGAGUUUGUCUGUUGGUGGACUCUAAGGAGCCUCUGUGUGAGCGGAUGACGGCCCUGGCCCACAGACAGGGCGUGGCAGCACAGAUCAGAGACCUUCCUGUAGGUGACUUCCUCUGGAUCCUGCUCCCCCCCGCAACUGGAGUGGACUAUGCUGCAGUGCGCCCAGAUGAUGAACAGGUGCUGCCGCAUAUAGUUGAACGUAAGACAUGGGACGACUUGCAGCACAGCUUGAGCACCAGGCGCUUCCGCAACCAGGUGGAGGCCAUGAAGAGAUGUGGGUUAAGAGACUUGUUCUACCUAGUGGAAGGACAUCCAUCUGAUAUGAGGGCACGACCGUCGAAGGAACAAAUACAGUAUUUUGAGAACCAGCUGCUGAACCUAGAGAUGACGGAUGGUUUCCUGGUGAACAGGACCGGCACAUGGCUGAAGACUGCACAGUGGCUGCUGCAGCUCACAGCCAUGGCAGCUGACAUGCACAACACAGGUACCAGUGGAGGACUGAUAACCUAUGCAGAGUACUCCACCAGAGCCAGUAGUAAGAACUUUGCUGCUCCUGAAGCCAGACCCAGGGCAGACUAUCUUGGAGUCCACAGGUGGUCAGCUGACAAACUUGUAGACAUAGUCUUCAGGGAGUUCCACGAUGAGACCAACUUCAGUGAUGCAGCCAAAACUGACCUGCCGGACAUUCCCCCCACCCAGAGGUCACGAGGGAGUCGACCUCUCCUGAUCUUACAUGACCUGGAGGUGUACAAUAAGAACAGUCAGAAGUUUAAGGACAGGGCCCUGGCAGAGUACCUCAACCAACAGGCUGGAAAUAGGACAGUCAGAGAGAUAGUGGACACCAUGCUUGGAGCCAGUGUGAGAGAACUGAUUCACUUUGAUGUCUUCUGCUACUGGCAGCUUUGGCUUCAGGUCCAUCUAGGCUGCCAUGUGAAGAGGACAGAGACACCAGAAGAGACCCAGCGACUUGAGAACAUGUACAGACAAAACCGCAACAAUGCCGCGCCAAACGAAGCACUCUUCUUGGACAAUUUUCUGAACCACAAUGAUGAUGACAAUGAUGAUGAUGAUGAUGGUGACUAUAGAGGUGGUGCUCCUCUCAGAGGGAGAGGCAGAGGGAGAAGAGCACAGGGAAGAGGCAGAGGAAAUAAUAGAAGAGCACCACAACUACCUCCCAACAACAGAAGAGUAGCUGGUUCCACUACUGUAGGCAGAAGGAAACCCUCACAAGGUAGACAACAGGACCGUUCCAAUGUGGAAAUGGGCAAUGAUCCACCGUUGCCUGACCUCACAGCAGACAUUGGUGGUAUGGUAAAUGCAAGGAUGGGAGGCGAUGAAGGUAGAAGGCUAGGAUCACUUUCCACUGACGAUUUUGCACCAGACUCCCAAAAUGAGGACCUCAUGAUACAACAGGCCCUGGAGCUGAGCAAAGCAGAGACCCUUCCAGCAACAGAAAAGUAUGGUGAUGCAGACAAGACAGAGGAUGUUAACAGGGAGGAGGAAGAUCAGCUAGCAGAAGCUCUUCGUUUGAGUCUGAUGGAACAUGAGAGACAGACAUCCACCAUGCAGGAGCACCGUAUUGUUCCUGACAAACAGCAAGACUUCGAAAACACCUCUAACAACAUGUCAACCGAGAGUCUAGAUGAAACAGAUCCCAUAGAAAUCAUUGAUUCACAGGAAGUAAAUGAAACCGUCGCUGAAACUGAAGGUAGUGCUGGUAAAGACAUUUCUCUGGAAGAGCCAAUAGAAAUCAUUGACUCUCAGGACACUGUUGAGUCAGUUGUGGAAGAAAAGGACUAUCCUAUAGAAAUCAGCGACGAUUCGCAGAAUACAGGUGCUAGCAACGAAGCUGUACAAGAUGCCAGAGCGCUAGAGCUUACAUCAAGCUCUUCAGACACCCAAGAAGAAGAGUUGUCGUCAAAUGUUACUGAGAAAGAGAAACCAAAUAAGACAAACAGUGAGAAAGCGCAUUGUUCCAUUGAACAAGUUAUCAGUACAACCAAUGGUUUCAAUGUGGAAGACACCAGUACUCAAGAAAGUGCAAUUAACAAAGAAUCAGAUGUGUCUGAUUCAAGGCUGUUUGAAAAGUCCUUAGAUUUAAGGAAAUCUACUUGUGAAGGAGGAGCUAAACUGGAACAAAUGCAGCAAAAGUCCAAAAACGACGUAGAUGUACCAUUUGGAAUGCUCAAAGACACUACCACCCAAAGCCAAAAUGGCCAAGAUGCCAUGCCUUUUGAUUCAAACAGUGACAAAAUGUUGAACAGUAGUGAUGAUAGAAGUCAUACAUGUAACAAGGAGAAAGAGGACUCAACUACUGAAAAUGUGGAAAUGGACCCUGACUUGGCCCUGGCCAUCAGACUAAGCCAGGAAGAGGCAAAAAUGGCCCAAAAACGAUAUGCAGAGGCAUGUGUAGAAAAAAGAGUCACAAGAAGUAAGGCCAAAAGUAACGCUAGCCCUGCCGCUACCCAUGCAGUAGAUAAACCAAACAUUUCCAAAGUAAAAAGAGAAGAUGAGCCAUGUUUGGAAAAUGAUACUGGUGUGGAGGAAGAGCUUGAUCCGGACUUGGCAUUAGCUCUCAAGUUAAGUAAAGACGAGUUCAUAGCUUCUCAGAAACAGGAUGAGGAGUUGAUACGACAGAAAGCAUCACAGGGCCAACAAAGCAACAACCACACAGUCACUAACACUAGUGUUAAGGAUUCUGAGAAAGUUAGCAAUAAAGGAAGACAAGGCAGAAAUGCGAGUGGCCAGAACAAUUCUGACAUUUUGUCCUGUGCAAUAUCUACUGAACAAGUGCUACAAGACAAACCUUUCUCCUUUGUGGAAAACAGUGUUCAGGAAGAGGAAUUUAUUGAAGAAAACUUUGGUCAAGCUUUACAGCCAAGCAGACAAAAAAGCGACAGUCCGGAAGACAAUGAAAAUAAGCUGAAAGAACUAGCAGCCUCCCUAAGUGGGAACACUGGUACUCUAAACCGUAAUGAGAGUUUACAAGAUUUCCAGGAUUUUGAAUCUCAAAUCGAUGACACAGACCAGGAUCUAUGCCUUGCACUGAAGCUCAGUGAAAAGGAAAACAGUUCCACAGCUUCCAUAGCAGGUAACUGUGGUGGAAAGAACCUACCUAUGUCUCAAAAAGACAAAGACACUAAGCAAAAUCUUCAAAAGGAUUUUGAGCUCGCUGUGAGAGUGGCCUUCCAAGAGAAAGUCGACUGUGAUCGCUCUUGCUCUAAGUUAAGUGAGAUGGACACUUCCAGAGUAAAAGAGGAGAGAAUGGAUGAGCAAUGCAGUCAUGAUAAAGACUUUGAGCUUGCAAAAAAGCUACAGGAAGAUUUGAACUCAAAGUUAAGCGAGAUGGAUACCUCCCAAGUAAAAAAGGAGGAAAUGAAAGAGCAAUGCAGUAAUGAUAAAGACUUGGAACUUGCAAGGAAACUACAGGAAGAUAUGAACCAGGAAGCCUUACAACCUGAAAACAGCAAAUCUACAGAAGCAGUGAAAGUCUUAGGAGGCGUAAAGUCAUCCAACGCAAAGAGAAAACUCGAUCUUCAUUACGAGAAGGAUCUUAAACUAGCUAGACAGCUAGAAGCGGAAUUGAACGGAAAACCUGCAGAAGUGGUGAACUCUCCAAAAAGAAUCAAAGUUGACGUUGAUUAUGAAAGGGACUUAGCAUUAGCUAGGCAACUGGAGAAAGAGAAAAACUCUUCACAGACGCAAUAUGAGAAAGACUUGGAACUGGCUAGGAAACUCAGCGAGGAGUUGAAUUCCAAAGGAUCAGGCACUAGCAGUAACAGCAGUGCUGUCGGUAGUCCAAAUUUGAAGAGAGGGUUAACUCCCAACAGUAGCUCCUCUGAAACCAGUGAAGGCCCUGCUGUGUUCAGAGAAAGGAGAAGAGAGAGGGCGAGGUCUGCACAACAGCUGGAAGACUAUAGAAGGCUCCAAGCACAACACUACAGGACAUCUUCAGUAGGAGCAACAGCAGCUGCCUCCAAAUCAACGCCAGCAUCAAGCCCUUGUCGUGUAUCCCAGUAUGCAUCAGGGCCCCCUGCUGCUGAAACCUUCACCAUGGAUGAUGAUGAUGAUGAUGACCUUCCUGACAUCCCACCAGGGUUGCCACCACAUGAUGCCAACCCUGGUACUUCAAAUGCCACAUGGACACCACCAACACACCAAGGACCUUCUUCGAGCUCGGCAUCUACAUCCAGACCAAGCACAAGUGAUAGAAGUGAUACCCCUGCAUGUAGUGGUACCCCUAGUACUUCUGAUGGUGCCCAGGCCGGUACCCCCCGACAGAACACCACCACGUGCGGAGCCUGUGGUCAGCAGGGGCACAACCGGUCCAGCAGGCGGUGUCCUCGCUACUUCUGUGAGGAGGAAGUCAGGAGGAGACAGGCACAAGCAGAAAGGAGACAGGCCAAGGCAGAGGCAGAGGAAAGGGACUUCAGGAGUAAGCUGGGCAGACUGGAGCGAGAGCGUGAGGAGUCGGCGCGUGUGCGCUCCCAGCUGAGACGACAGUUUGAGGAGAUGGACAGAAGGAUGCGGGAGAGAGAGGAGGAUGCACAGGCCGUCAUCCAACAUCUGGACAAGGGCAGGAAGAAACGAAAGAAAUAACCAUCCAUUAUCUGGACAAGGGCAGGAAAAAAUGAAGGAAAUAACAGUCAAUGUCUGUAGUCUACAAGUUGUUGGAAAAGUUGCAGGGAAAUGUAUCAUACAUGUAGCUUCAUUAUUUACAAUAUUAUAGGCCAUCAUUCAACACUUGGACAUGGGCAGGAAGAAAGGAAAGAAAUUACAGUCAAUGGAAUCCACAAGUUGUAGGGAAAGUUGCAGCGAAACUUAUCAUACAUGUAGCUUCAUUAUUUACAAUUAAAGGCCAUCAUCCAACACUUGGACAAGGGCAGGAAGAAGUGCAAAGUACUAGUAUAACAGAUACUCAGAUAGUCUUAAGCUCAUUUUUAGUUUACAAAUGUACGAUGUAGGAAAACUUUACAAAGAUUUGAGAUUCAAUUGUCAGAAUUUGUCUCGUAGUUUUUCCUUUUUAGAUUCAUUCAUUUAGAUUUCCUUUUUUUUUAGAUUCGUGAAUAGUGAUUCAUAUGUUCUAGGGCUUUUAACCAUUCGUGCUAAACAAUUUGUUCUUGAUUUUAGCACAUUAUUGUGUUUUAUUUGAUUUGUGCUUUUAAUCAGUUUCUUCUAUCUGAUACAGAUGAUGUAGAGUCUGCAGUUGUCUAUUGAUUCCAACUUUGAUGUUGUACAUUUACAUUUGUAUGUCAAAUGUAUCUCUUAACUUUUUAUUUUCAUUGAUGCACAUUGACCGUUUUAGUAGUCGCGUGUAGUUUAAUUGUUAUAUUAUGUUAUGUUAUACCUAAAGUUUAAACUUAGCUUUAGAGCCUCAUGUUCCAAGCUCAAACUAGUGGUAUUUCAGUUAAAAGUUCAUUUUGUGAAAUGGGGAACAUGGGAACACUCCCUUUCUCAAUGGACUAGUCCAUAGGCCUAUUGUCAGUAUGUAUGUAUCAAGUGCCAAAUAUGGGUAUAAGCAGCACACCAUGACAACUCUGCACAUUAUGACAACUUUGCAUAGUGUCAAGCAUAUUAUUUGCAAUAUGGUGAUAAUUCUUAAGAUGUAAUGAUUAUUUUUCUAACAAUCGUAAUGUUGCAUACUGUGCAUAACAGUCUACACCUCAUGUGUUAAGGGGUCUUCAGAGUUAUCAAAUAGAUAGUAGACACCCCUUCUUAGUACAUGUAAUUUUAGCCAGUAACAUUAACAAAGAUAUGAUAUGAAAGUUUAUACAACAAAAAUGAUUUAUUUUUGCACCAGAUUAUAUAUACCUGUACAAUAUAGCUAAAUUGCCAAGCCAUGUGUACAAGUAUCUACUAACACAAUCAUGAUCACAUAAAGUAUGAUAAUACUUUUGACCAUCUUAUUUUGUUAUCAAUAUCAUU